AUGGUAAAAGUUGAAGAGGAGAAAGACCAUAAACAUCUUAAAGAUGAAGCAUUUGAAGAUUUAUUAAAACCUGUUUACCAAGGCAAAACAUUAACAGAUGAAAUUAAUACUGCAGAAGAUAAAUGGAACUUACUGCCAGCAUUUUUAAAAGUCAAAGGGUUGGUCAAACAACACUUGGAUUCUUUUAACUAUUUUGUUGAUAUAGAUUUGAAAAAGAUUAUUGCUGCCAACCAAACCAUUUUAAGUGAUGUUGAUCCAGAAUUUUAUUUGAAAUAUAUUGAUAUCAGAGUCGGGCAUAAGUCUACUUCCACCAUCCAGGAAGACAUUGUUCCACCACACCAAUGUAGAUUAAGGGAUAUGUCCUAUUCUGCUCCCAUAUACGUUGACGUGGAAUAUACCAGAGGUAGAAAAAUUAUUAUGCAUAGAGAUGUAGAAAUUGGUAGGAUGCCAAUUAUGUUAAGAUCAAAUAAAUGUAUUUUGAGUGGCUGCGAUGAACAGCAAAUGGCUAAAUUGAACGAAUGCCCCUUAGACCCAGGUGGUUAUUUUAUUAUUAACGGUACGGAAAAAGUUAUUUUGGUUCAAGAACAAUUGUCUAAGAAUCGUAUCAUUGUAGAAGCCGAUGAGAAAAAACAGAUUGUCCAGGCUUCUGUAACUUCUUCGACACAUGAAAGAAAAUCUAAAACCUAUGUUGUUACUAAAAAUGACAAAAUAUAUUUAAAGCACAAUUCUAUCUCUGAAGAAGUGCCAAUUGUCAUCGUUUUGAAAGCCUCUGGUAUUAUUAGUGAUUUAGAAAUUAUGCAAUUGGUCUGCGGUAAUGAUAGCACUUAUCAGGAAUUAUUUGCUGUUAACUUUGAAGAAGCCUCAAAAUACGAAAUUUAUACCCAACAACAAGCUUUAGAAUUUAUUGGAAGUAGAGUGAAAACAGUUAGAAGACAAAAGUUGACCAUUUUACAAGAGGGUAUAGAAGCAAUUGCCACUACGGUUAUUGCUCAUUUGACUGCGGAAGAUUUAGACUUUAGAGAAAAGGCUUUAUACAUUGCAUUGAUGACCCGUCGUGUAGUUAUGGCAAUGCAUGAUCCUAAAAUGGUAGACGAUAGGGAUUAUGUUGGUAAUAAACGUUUAGAAUUGGCUGGUCAAUUGAUGUCUUUAUUAUUUGAGGAUUUAUUUAAAAAAUUUAACAGUGAUUUUAAAGCUAACAUUGACAAGGUUUUGAAAAAGCCUAAUAGGGCUAUGGAAUAUGAUGCAUUAUUAAGCAUUAACAUACACUCCAAUAAUAUUACGAGUGGGUUAAACAGGGCAAUUUCUACAGGUAAUUGGUCCUUAAAGAGAUUUAAGAUGGAAAGAGCAGGCGUUACACAUGUUUUGAGCAGGCUAUCCUACAUUUCUGCAUUAGGUAUGAUGACAAGAAUCUCCUCCCAAUUUGAAAAGUCUAGAAAAGUUUCGGGCCCUAGGGCUUUACAACCCUCUCAAUUCGGUAUGCUGUGCACGAGUGAUACUCCAGAAGGUGAAGCUUGUGGUUUAGUAAAAAAUUUAGCAUUGAUGACACAUAUCACCACGGAUGAUGAAGAAGAACCGAUCAAAAAGUUGUGCUAUUUGCUAGGUGUGGAGGAUUUAACUCUACUAGACUCGGCUUCUUUACAUCUUCAUUAUGGUGUUUAUCUUAACGGUACUUUUGUUGGUAUAACUAGAUUCCCCAUUAAGUUUGUUUCCCAUUUCAGAAAUUUAAGAAGAACGGGUAAAGUCAGUGAAUUUAUUUCGAUUUAUACCAAUGAACAUCAAAAGGCCGUGCAUAUUGCUACUGAUGGCGGUAGAAUUUGUAGACCAUUAAUUAUUGUUACUAAUGGAGAAUCCCGCGUUAAGGCUUCCCAUUUACUAAAAUUAAAACAGGGUGAGCUACAAUUUGACGAUUUCCUAAAGUUGGGGUUGGUGGAAUAUUUAGAUGUCAAUGAAGAAAACGACUCGUUUAUAGCGCUUUACGAGAGAGAUUUGAGCAAAGAAAUUACUCAUUUGGAGAUCGAGCCGUUUACGAUUUUGGGAGCAGUUGCUGGACUAAUUCCAUACCCGCAUCAUAAUCAGUCUCCCCGUAAUACUUAUCAAUGUGCGAUGGGUAAACAAGCCAUUGGUGCUAUUGCUUAUAACCAAUUUAAGAGGAUAGAUACUUUAUUAUAUUUGAUGAUAUAUCCCCAACAACCAAUGGUUAAGACCAAAACAAUUGAAUUAAUUGAAUACGAUAAAUUACCCGCCGGCCAAAAUGCCACUGUUGCUGUAAUGUCGUAUAGUGGUUACGAUAUUGAAGAUGCUUUGGUUUUAAAUAAGUCUUCUAUUGAUCGUGGCUUUGGUCGUUGCGAAACUCGUCGUAAGACUACUUGUGUUUUAAAACGUUAUCCAAAUCAUACCCAGGAUAUCAUUGGUGGUAUGCGUGUAGAUGAAAAUGGAGAGCCUAUUUGGCAGCAUAGACCUUUGGGUCCAGAUGGUUUGGGUGAAGUUGGUAUGAAAGUAGAAAGUGGUCAAGUGUAUAUUAAUAAGAGUGUUCCAACAAAUGCUUCUGAUAGUGUACUAUCACACCAUGUCUCGCAAUAUAGAGAAACCCCAGUAGUUUAUAGAGCACCAGAAUCAUCUCAUGUUGAUCAAGUUAUGAUGUCCGUUUCUGACAACGAUCAAGCCCUAAUCAAAGUGCUAUUGAGACAAAAUAGAAGACCCGAAUUAGGUGAUAAAUUUUCCUCUAGACACGGACAAAAGGGUGUAUGUGGUAUUAUCGUUAAACAAGAAGAUAUGCCAUUUAAUGACCAAGGUAUCUGCCCCGAUAUAAUUAUGAAUCCCCAUGGUUUCCCAUCACGUAUGACUGUUGGAAAAAUGAUUGAGUUAGUCAGUGGUAAAGCUGGUACAUUAAACGGUUCUUUGGAAUAUGGUACUUGUUUUGGUGGGUCUAAAUUAGAGGAGAUGUCGGAAAUAUUGGUUAACCAUGGUUUCAACUAUUCAGGUAAGGAUAUGCUUUAUAGCGGUAUCACUGGAGAGUGUCUUCAAGCAUAUAUUUUUUUUGGUCCAAUUUAUUAUCAAAAAUUGAAGCAUAUGGUUUUAGAUAAAAUGCAUGCAAGAGCCAGAGGCCCACGAGCAGUGUUAACACGUCAACCAACAGAAGGUAGAAGUAGAGAUGGUGGGUUGAGAUUAGGUGAAAUGGAAAGAGAUUGUGUUAUUGCUUAUGGUGCUUCCCAAUUAUUAUUAGAAAGGUUGAUGAUUAGUUCUGAUGCUUUUGAAGUCGAUGUUUGUAAUAAAUGUGGUUUAAUGGGGUAUAGCGGCUGGUGUACCACAUGUAAAAGUUCUGAAAAUAUAGUAAAGAUGUCUAUUCCAUAUGCUGCCAAGUUAUUGUUUCAAGAAUUAAUAGCAAUGAACAUUGCUCCUAGAUUAAAAUUAGAUGAUGUUUUUACUAAAUAA